AUGGCAACAGAAGCGUCGACAAAAUUAAUAACGGAAACUCAAGCGGCAACGUCGAGAACUUUGAACUUCUCCAUAGCGAAAAUCAUGGAACCGGACACGAAACAAAAGAAGAAAGAAUCAGAAAACGACAAGGUGCUAAAUUUAGCAUAUCCGCAGGCGUUCGAAUCCGCGUUCAAAAAAUACGUGCCCAACAUGCUGCGCUCACCAGAAUUACUACAAAACUACCCCCUCGUUUAUUACCACCCUAGUCAACUAAUGUUAGGAUCCGUGUCCGUCUAUGCCGCGUCCGCUGCUCAAGAUGCUACCCCUACCAAUUCUACCGUUUCAGCGUCUUUAACGACGUUUAAUUCAGGUAAAAUAACACCGCCGAAAGCGCAAAACAAAACGUCGGCCGCCAUUACAACAAACGCGACAUCUCCAACGAAUUUUCUAGCACCCAAACAAAAGAGCUUCGAAUGUGGUGAAUGCGGAAAAGUGUUUAACGCUCAUUACAACUUAACUAGGCAUAUGCCCGUACACACCGGUGCCAGACCUUUCGUUUGUAAAAUAUGUGGUAAAGGUUUUCGACAAGCUUCGACUUUAUGUAGACAUAAAAUUAUCCAUACGUCCGAAAAACCCCACAAAUGCCAUACCUGCGGUAAAGCGUUUAACAGAUCAUCGACGUUAAAUACCCACGCCAGAAUCCACGCUGGUUAUAAACCCUUCGUGUGCGAAUUCUGCGGAAAAGGGUUCCACCAAAAGGGUAACUACAAGAAUCACAAACUGACGCAUAGCGGAGAAAAAGCUUACAAAUGUACGGUGUGCUCCAAGGCAUUUCAUCAGAUUUACAAUUUAACGUUCCAUAUGCAUACGCACAACGACAAGAAGCCCUUUACGUGUAGGGUCUGUGGCAAGGGAUUUUGUAGGAAUUUCGACUUGAAAAAGCACAUGAGAAAGUUACAUGAAAGUUCCAGCGUUAACUUGGAAUCUGAGUACGCGACGGUCGUUUCAUCGGGAUCCACGAGCAGCGUUUAUUCGCCGGAGAGCGAUAUCCACCAUUUUAUAAGCCCAUUUAUGAGACCGUCGAUGUCCGUUCCUGUAUAUACUUCGAAGUUAUUGUGA